CGGUGCUCAGGAGCCACAUCGGGACUGAGUGUGAGUUUUGGACCGGAGUCUGAAUUAAACUCGUCUCUUGACUCGUGUUAAAAGUUUGAUGAUGUCUUUACACGCAUUCACCGGCCUGGCGCUGGCACGCGCACAGCUGCUCUCGCCCAGGUGAUCUAAUCCGAGCUGACUUGCUGGUUAAAUAUUGACAGGAGCUGACGUGGGCUCGCUGAGCAGAAUUCAGACGAGGCUUUUCUCUGCCGGCGCUGCGUGCCGCAUCAUCAUUCCAACUCGCUCUCUCUCACACACACACACACACACACACACAUGCACACAGUGGCAGCCGGCAGCUGAGACUCGGCGAGGGGGUCGGGGGGCAAGAAGAGGCACAACGAAGCGGGAGGCGAGCAGACGACAGAGGAAAAAGCGGCAGCGCGGGAUGAGCCGGUUCGAGGGCCGCGGCGCGGUGUCGGGCUGCGGGAGGAUCCGGGACGCCCCCCUGCUGGAGCUGCUGGCGGAAUACAUGGACGCCAACAAAUGCAUCGGGGAGCUCCUCAAGCAGCUCGACGAGGAGCGGCGAAACGUCCGAAGGGAAAAGCUGGCCGCGGCUCGCCUGCAGAGGGAAGUCGCACGGAGCAGGAGCGAAGGAACAAUGCGAGAAAAGCUGAUCCACGAGCUAGAGGAAGAGCGACGGCUGCGACUGGAGAGCGAGAAGCGCCUCCGGGAGGUGACGGAGGAGUCGGAGCUGGGACGGGCGCAGAUGGUGUCACUGCAGCAGCAGUUCUCCAGGAUGGAAGAGACGCUGCGGUCUCUGCUGCAGAACCAGGGCGUGGUGGAGCACGCGGCCGUGGACACGAUGGACAUCAUGAAGGCCUACAGGGACAAGCUCUCCGAGGAGGUGCGUAAACAGUACGACGGUCUCGGAGAGAAAGGCUCUCCGACGGAGCCGGACGCGCCCGUCGCCGAUCCCGGCCCAUCGGAAGAGGGCGACGGCGACGGCCGACCGCUCGUGGAUCGCCUCAAGGCCCUGGAGGAGAAGAAUUCCGCCCUGGCCGUGGAGAACGAGAGCCAGAGGGAACAGUACGAACGCUGCCUGGAUGAGGUCGCCAAUCAAGUGGUGCAGGCGCUUCUCACCCAGAAGGACCUGAGGGAGGAAUGUGUGAAGCUGCGGACUCGAGUCUCUGACCUGGAGCAGCAGAAUCGGGCGCUGGGAGUUCUCUUCCAGCAGCGCAUCAAGCCCGCCUCGGACCUGCUCCUGCAGAAACUUCACUCUCGGAUCCUGGAUCUGUCUGCGGCAGAUUUGCUUUUGGAGCCAGAGAGAAGCAAGGCGUUCUUACUUUCCAGGAAUACCGACUCCCCCUCCAGCGAGGUUCAGUUGAAUGGAAAGGCAGGUCUCCCUGUGGCCAAGUGCCUGAGCCAGCUGAGCCUGACGGCGCCCGCGUACCCACGCAGCAGCUGCAGCAGCAGCGAGAUGUCCCUGUCGAGCGCGUGCAGCGAAUUCUCCAGCGGCUCCUACACCUGGAAUGAUGGACGCUCCUGUGGGAAGAUGUCGUCGCUGACCUGGGAGAACAGGCUGAGUUUGGGUUCCUCGGCGCCGAGUAACAUCUGUGCCCCACCGGAGGAGCAGCUGCCCCCCACGAGGCGCAAGGAGAGCAACAUACUCGAGGGACUGAGGAAGCUCCAGAGGGGGAAACACAGGAGCUCCUCUGCCUCGUCCAAGGUUUCCAGGUCGGCCGACAAGGACUGCAUGAACUCAAACGAGGGCAUCUACUCCCUGGGAAUAAAGAGCGGCAGCAAAGGGGUCUCCAAGCCUACCCAUGUGGUUAGAGCUUUAGCCACUGGGGGCAAGAAGUUCUCCUACGAUUCUGACGAUGCCGAUGAUGAAUUGGCUCAUUCCAGUCGAGCGGACGACAUCCCCACGAAGGACGGCUGGUUUUACUGCAAGAGGCUCUCCCGCAGCAUCUCAGACAGUUUGUGCAGCUGGGAGGGGCUGCAGGACAGCGGAGGUGACUGCAGCCCAGGGCCGGGGGCUUUAAAACGCCGCCCUGGCUGUGGCUCAAAAGAGCGUCCCGAGAAACUCCUGAGUUUCAUCAACAGUUUUCUCCCCGAGGGGGGGAGGAAAUCCGCUUUCACGAAACCACCCGUGCUGCACUUCAACCCCUCUGACCCGGCGGGUCCAAACCCCCUCUCUGACAUGGAGGAUUCUGAGGAACUCAACUCAGAGUCUAGUGACAUCCGAAUGUCCUCCAGCCAGCCACCGGAGCGCGCAGAGACGGAAUCCAAGAGGCCGUCACGAGACGCUGCCAAGCUCCUCGCACAGCAGUGGUUGCGAAGGGAGCAGGGACGCACCCAGUCUGCAGACGGGAGGCCGAGGCCUUUCUGUCUCGUUCAGGAGCCCAACGGGGAAAAGUUUGCUCAGUCGGAGGAGAGCGUUUUGGCAAUAUUUGAUGCGGAAGGAGAGCCUAUUGAACUUUGUGCUCAGAAGCUCGCAGCAGGUGCUGGGCCACAGAAUGACGCGCAAAGUGGCAAAGCAAUGGCCGAUUACGCAGAACUGUGGCCAACGAGGCAAAAAUCAGCAAACGCAAGAAACUACACGGUCCUUGAAUCGCCGGAGAAGCCGUCUGAAUACCUAAUAAACAGAGAGGGCAGCGCAGAAAGGGCGUCAAUGCAGCUGACUCCACAAAGGAAACUAAUCAAACCCCCAACCAACCGACCCAAUAAGGGCCAUUGCAUUCCUCCCGUGAACGACUCUGUUGCUCCACCGCCAAGUGCUUCGAAGAUACCCGGUCGAAACAAACCUGUAGGAUCGCCGCUGAGAUCGUCUAAGGGCUGCUCCACCGAACCGAGCGGAAACUCCGGAGCCACCGGUCAGGAGAAGUCCUCCUCCUCACACGCAGUUAAAAUGCCCAGGUUCGUCAAAACGCCAGGCCCAAAGGCCGUGAGCUCCAAGCUCCCCAGCAGGGCCGAGAGGAGGAAGGGCUCCUCCUCCAGCUCCCCUCGCCUGUCGAGGCGGCACCUGGAGUACGGUGACAACGGCGAGCAGCCAACCAGAGACAAACACUGUGAAACCAGCAAAAACAAACUCAGGUCCCCUUCUCCGCCCCCUCCCCCGGGCCGCACCACCUCCUUACUCAUCAGACCAAAUUACGAAGCGUCGCCUCAAGCACAUAAAACAUGGGCGGCUCAAACCUCCACGCUAACCACUGUGAGGGGCCCUCCUCCAAGCUACCACACCUCACUUGUACCAAAUAUGCAAAGCACGCUACCCAUCAAGGAUAAAGACUGUUUAGACUUGGACGCGGGCUACGGGACUGCACUCGCACCUCAGAAACUGGUUGAGAAAAGCAUUCAGCACCUUCAAAAGCUCCCCGCCACGACGCAGGCGACGAACAAAGGCACUUCCAAGAGGAUGACCGCGAAAGACUACCUCCCUUCUGCAAACUCAGGGUGUGCUCCAGAAACUGACAAUGCACCUAAAAGCUCAAAGAAUGUCCCUCCUCCGUACAGUGCCCUGAGAGGGUCCUCGCUCCUAAACUCCUUCGCAAGUAAAAGAGGAUCAACCCAUGAAAAUGUCCACGAGGCCGUGCAGAAGACCUCUAUUAGUUUACCCAUAUCGCUUCAGGACACCGCUCAAGGUAAAACAGAACCCCAAAGGGGCAAAGCAGUUGUCAGUCCGCCCAGUCCAGUCGUGAUCUCCCCCAACAGCGCCGAAAAAGCCUCAAAAACUCGCAUCCCGAUGGGGUUUAAAGCUUUUUUAAAAUCUCCUCCGAGCCAUCAAAAUAGUCCCUCCACACCAGGAAAGCUAGAGAAAGAUCAUAUCAACUCAGUUUCCAAGGAGACUGUGACUUCAAAUGCCUCUACCCAGUACGAGAGUGUGCAGUCGGUGUACAGUAUUGAUGCAUCAUCCAAGACGUCCGUGUCAGAGGCGAAGGGUGAUGUCCAGUGUAGGUUAGCGGAUGAUAAAGUCCAUGCUUCUGGGUCGCCAGAGGAGGAGGCUUGUGGGAAAAGGAGCAGUCAGCUUUUCUCUAGAUCCAUAUCCGUUACUACCAAACCCCAUCUUAAGCCGGCCUUGGGGAUGAAUGGGGCCAAAGCGAGGAGCCAGAGUUUCAGUACCAACUACAUUGAGAAACCGAACAUCAAUGUUCUCGAUGGGCCGGGGAAAAUCCGCACUCAAAUCAUCACUAACUCGGGGGAACGGGGAAACUCUUUGUCAAGGCAGACUUCCUUGGAGGUACCAAGUGUUGGGGAGAGCCCCGUACAUUCCCCCAGGACGAGGCUCAGCCACUACGGAGGCAUGACCGGCUCCAAUAGCCAGAACGUCCUGCCUGAGAUAACUUCUAAGUCGGGCUCCAAAGGUGACGGGUCGCAGGGCGCGGCGAAGGGGGAGACCUCCGCCUCACCAUCUCAAAAAGCGGCGCGUAGCUUACCCAGCGGUGACAGGAUUGGCUUGAGCAAUGUUCGUAAGGCGGCGAAAGUUGCAUCUCAUCCCCAAUUUCUCGCUGCCGCCUCUUGCGUCUAUCGGCCGGAAAAUCCAGCGCGAGAGACGGAAUGCUUACAAACAACCGGCGACGAGCCGGAUUCUAGCAGGGAAGUCAAACCCCAAGCAGACUCUGUGGACACGGAGGAGAGGAAAACCAGCCCGACGGUCUGCACCAUCGAAGAAAAAGUCAUGAUGGGAAUUGAAGAGAAUUUGCAGAAAUGUCAAGAACAGGUGAAAGUAGCUGCCAGCGAGACCAAGCAGAAAACGGGCCCCUCUCUGGCAAACUGGUUCGGCCUCCGCAAGAGCAAACUCCCGGCUCUGAGUGGCAAGAAGGCAGACCCCCCGAGGGGCAAAGAGGACAAGAAAGAAUCAAAGAUUGGAUCCGUGCUGGCGGGAAAAGCGAUGAAGUCUGACAAGAGGAAGGAUAAGAAGAAGAAUGAUAGCCAGCAGAGGGACAGUGUGGAGGGGCAGAGUCUGUCUGAGAUGAACAAUAAACUGAGCACCAUCAUGGAUCACUGCAACAAUCAGAUGGGUCAGAUUGCCAGUCAGAUCCAGUGUACGACGGCCUUCAUCGGCAAAGACCAGUUUGUGAAAGAGCUUCUUGGCAGGACUGCUGUGAAGAGCAGCUGUGUGUCUGCGUCGCCGCCCGGCAUCUCCACACCCAGGAAACGCGGCGAAGGGAUGGGAGAUAUGGAGAUCUGUGCAGAUACUGCUACCCUGUUGAUGACUCAGAAGAUCAGCCUGAGGGCUGAAAACGAAGAGCGGCGCAUCCCAGACUCGUCCUGCCAAGACCACAUGAUAGGCUCCGGCUGCCAGACCAGGACCCUGGACAGCGGCAUCGGCACCUUCCCGCUCCCCGAUUCCGUCACCAGGGCCGGCGGUCGCCACGUCCCCAAAUCAGAGUCCAGCCCGGACGUGGCGACCGCCGGCUCCUCCGAUCCGCACCGGGAGCCUUCCUCUUCUCCCCCGGACCCCUCGCGACCCGACGUGACAGUGCCUUUCCUCCCCAAAACCUACCCGCAUGCCCCUACCGGCAUGGGUCACUCCCUGUCCGAUCCCAGCGUGACCCGCAACGCACGGGACGCCCAGAGCCGCCUGCCCAAAUUGGCUUCUCCAGAUUCAAUCCAAACCAAGAGGUUGAGUCUCUGCUCUCCACGCAGCGACUCGAUCUCCAGCGGGGACAAAGAGAGGGGGGCAGAGAGGACGAUGACAGCCCGGGAUCAUGAAACGUCCCGUGAAAGAGACCCGCAAGUGGCCACAUACUCGGGGAGCAGCAGCGACACAGAGACCGAACCCGAAGGACCCGGAGGCCGUCCACCGAGGAGCCCGAUCGACCGACUGAAGAAGCGCGACUCUGCAGCGGAGCAGAACGAGGAGACCCUGACCAGAAGCAGCGUGGAGAAGUCCUUGUCCAUCAUGGACUACUACCAGCACGAGAUGUUUUCUCCUGUGGAGAAGGACAGCCGGCGGAUCUCCCAGUACAACCUGUUGCACAAGGAGCGCUCGCCGGACGGGAGAGCGGGCGACCGACUCAGUAAGGAGGUUGCCAUGGAGAAGGCGCCCGUCAGCGCCCAGGCGAGCUCCCUCCACUUCUCCCUGGAGUCCCUGAACGAGCGGGAUCACACGGGGCCGGGCAGGGCGGACGGGCCCCCCCCCCCCUCCUCCUCCUCCUCCUCCAGCUUCUCGGGCAAGCCGGCGGCCGAUCCCGCGGGCUCCCUCAGCGACUCGCUGUACGACAGCUUCUCCUCCUGCACCAGCCAGGGCUCCAACGAGGCGUAGGUGGCGGCCCGGAGAGGUCGGACCGGCGCGUUGGACACGUCGGGGGGGGUCUCGGGGCCACUUGCUCGUCUCCUGGAUGAUUCUCAUCUCAUCCUUCAGAAAUACCCUGUUUUUUUUUUUUUUUUAGCAUUAUCGUUUGCGUCCGCAAGUCCAAACGACUGUCGGCCGCUGUUUGGAUCCGGACCACAGCGCGAAGCACUUAGUGGAGGACGGCGACACCGGGGCUUGUGAUGGUCCCGCUCAGGCUGAGGUGGACUUUGUCCCUUUUGGAAGUCUUUCUCCUCGUCGUCACAAACGCGACGAUUUGUAAGGAGUGUGCGGUGAAGGACGCGCGGGCCCACCGGCGCCUUCGGGGGCGGCGCCGGUGGGCGACUCGGCUGAUUGCCGCUGAUUUGCAUUCCUGUCUGAGAGUAGCUUGAAACCCACAGGGCCGUUUUAUGUUUUGCUGCUAAGAACGUCGCCCAAAUAUUGCCAAUGAUUGAAUGACCACCCACAAUAAUCCACCUGCUUCAUCAAUGUCUACUUCUCUUUUUCAAGCCACUUUUUUUUUUUACAAAUCACAUGAUUCCAAUUUGCUUUUAUUUCUGUAACUUUGCAUCCCUUUCAAAGGAUGUUGUCUUUGGUGGUGUACUUUUAGGGAACUAUGCAGGCCGCAAACAGGAAAACGACCCUUUUCAAAUGACUUAAACAAUCACUGUUGAUCUGAGGAAACUGAUUCCGUAGCAGCAGGGGUUCAGCUGAAGAAAUGCUCCCAUGUGGUACGUAAAGUAGCGCGAGGAUCCUUCCCCGCGGGACUGGUACCCGGUGUCGUUGUUGGUAGCUCAGGGAACAUGCUGGACUAGAUGUACUAGAUCACUUUGGGUUUCUCAGUCUCUUCACAUCGGAACUCUCCAAACCUCAGUUUUCCUUUUUUUCCCUUUCGUAGUUGUAUAUUAUGUUGUGAAUAUAUAUAUAUAUAUAAAUAUAUAUGAAGCUAAUAUCAGAAUGGGCAUUGCUGAUUGACGUAUGCAAAUGAGAAAACACCAACAACAAUAACAGAUGUAAAUUGUUUGCCAAUCGUUCAUUUAUGUAAAUUGUUUGAAAUAGCAUGUAUCUUUUCAUUAUAUAGAAUUCUUUGGAGGUUGUUGUUUUGAAGCUAAAUCUUUAUUUUGAUCAAUAAGAGCUAUUACUAAGACAUAUUUGAACCUUUUAGGUGAAGUAAUGCCAAAUUUCUACUGGAAUUUGACCAGCUGGUGCUAAUCAACAGUGUGUGUUUCAAUUUUUCUAUGAAAUUGUUAAUAUUGUAUGAAGAGGACUUGUGUAUUUUUCUAGGUGUCCAGUAUUUAUACCCACAUUUUGUACUGUCAGACUGUAGUGUGAUUGUCAUGCUCCACCUCUCUCCUUAAAUGUUCCUGGUUCCUUUGUAAAGAGAAAUGGUUACCAGCAGUGUUACUUUGGUAAUUAUUAUUAAUGUUAUUAUUAUUACUGUGUGCAAUUCUGUCUGUUACGCCAGGCAUUAAUGCUAUAUUUUAUGUAACUAUUUCCUAAAUAAAUAAGAUAAAUUUCCUAUUUCAAA